CGAGAGAUGGUCGCUGACUGAGCAACACACCAAACUAGGAGAUUUUAAGUGGAAAAUUACCCAAUUCACCUAAACUUUAGCUGGGAGAAGUGAUAUCAGCAGAUAGCUUGUGAAGCAGAGGUUCUGGCGGCGCCACGAUGAGUGUCAUCAUUCGCCUGCAGAACCUCCCGUGGUCGGCCAACGCCCUCGACAUUCGGGAGUUCUUCAAAGGGUUACAGAUACCGGAGGGCGGCGUGCACAUCGUGGGCGGGGAGCUCGGAGAUGCCUUCAUCGCCUUUGGGACCGACGAGGAUGCCCGCCUUGCCAUGCAGAAGACAGGCUCCACACUCAAAGGCAUUCAGGUGACCUUGCUGCUGUCCUCGCGGUCAGAAAUGCAAAAGGUCAUUGAGUCAGCCCGGCAGCAGGCCAUGGCUCUCCAGGGGUACAUGGCCCCCGCCCCCGUCCCCUCACAAAAGCCGCCGCAGCCAAUGCCUCAGGCAGUGUCUCAGCAGCCGCCUCCGCAGCAGCAGGUAGGCCCAGUCGGGCAGAUGCCGCCACAAAAUCCUUAUCAACAGCAGCAGCAGCAGUCGGCAUCACACAUGCAUUACCCGUCACCCAUGCACCAGAUGUCUCCUGACACCCGCCACAGCCAGCUGCCUCCUCACAUGCAGAAUCAGAGCCAUCUCAUGCAGACGCCUCCCAUGGCCAAUUCAGGGAAUAGCCAGCUUCACCCCAAUCAUGUUCCCAUGCACACGCAUGGAGGUGUCGACUCGCAUAACCAUAUGCAUUCCUCAGCUAACCAGCUUGAGAAGAAGGAUGAUAAGAAGGAUUCUUCAGCUCCUUCAUCUAAGCGAGAUUCCAAGGGACGCGACGGCCGGCGUCGGAGGUCCAAAUCACGAAGCAGGUCUCGCUCCAGGUCAAGAGACCGAGACCGCCGCCGUCGCCACAGGAGCCGCUCGAGAUCUCGCAGUCGGGACCGCAGCGGCCGCAGCCGGCGACGUAGCAGGAGUAGGGAGCGUGAUCGUGGAAGAGACAGGACUCGUGACCGCAGCGACCGCGAGAAGGAUCGCCUAGGGAGGCCAGGGCGUGACCGUGGAGACCGUGACAGCCAAGACACUCUUGAAAUGGCAUCACCUCAAGAAUCCCACAUGAAGGAGGGAAGCAACGGAGGAAUACCCGGCCUUGGAGACAUCCCAAGUGCGAGCAUGAGGGGCCCACUGCCCAGCAGCCUCACUGAGCCACCCAAGAACUCACCUAUCCACACCCCCUCGCCGGCCUCCACGCCAGCAUAUAACACUGCCCCUUCCUUCAAUUCGGGCAGCGCCUAUAAUUCAGCCUUGCCAUUUAGUGGGCAGUCAUUUAACUUCCUUAACAUGAAUGUUCCACCUCCAAAUAUGGUAGGGUCAGCUAAGUUUAAUGAAUCAUUAGAGAUGGAUCCUGAUGAGGAAAGCCAAAUGUCAAAAGAGGCUUCAGGAAGUGAGUAUAUAUCUGAUCAGGUGGGAAGUCACAAAAGUGAACAGAUGUUUUGCCAGAUGAGAGGCGAUAAAGGCCAAAUGGGAGCCCUAUUGGAUGGGUUGCCAGUGCACAGACCUGAAUCUACAGGGCUCUUGGGUGAUGCUCCCGGUGAAGUCCCUUAUGGUGCUUUUGCAGGAAGAGGCUUUGGCUUGCCGAGAAGUAAUGAUGGAUUUGGUUAUGACAGAGCUCCUGGCAACCGUCCAUCAUCAGCUGAUGGCAGAAAUUCUGAUUAUGAGUCAAGAAGUCGAGAUGGCAGGAUGGGCGGUGGAAGGGACAACAGAGACUACAGAGAUGUUAGAGGAUAUAGAGAGAUGGAUGGGAGGGAAGGCAGAGGAUCGAAGGAUUCGCGUGAAGAAAGAGAUCGAGAGGAUUCAGAUCGUCGGGGCAACUGGGGCCCGAGAGGAGAUUCGAGGGACGAGCGAGGGAACAGGUGGGACAGCCAGGAAGACCGCGAGUCGGCAGGGUGGAGUCGGGGACGAGAGGGCUGGGGUGGGCGUGGGGAACGGGACAACUGGUCUGGCAAGAGUAGCCGUGACUCUCGUGACAGCUGGAGUGACCGUGACGGAGGCUGGAGUAAACGUGAAGGCCGCAACUGGGAAGACCAUGAUGGGUACUAUGAAGACAGGGAAGAUGAGGACAACUAUGAAGAAGUCUAUGAACCCAUGGGGCGUGGUGGCUACCGUGGUCGAGGGAUGCGGGGCUGGGACAGAGGCAGAGGCCGUGGCCGCGGAUUCGGCCCACGAUACGGUGAAUACCGUGAAGGUUAUCCAGAGGGUCAUCCAGAAGAGGGCUACGGAGGAUAUCGUGGAGGAUACCGCGGUGGUUAUCGUGGCCGAGGUGGAGGCCCAGGUGGAUACAGGGAUGGAGAGGGAGAUAACUCCAAAUUCACUUGCAGUGUGGAGAUCCGAAAUGUGCCUCCUGGAACCUCUUAUCGUGCAAUACGAGAACUUUUCCAUGGCAUCUAUGUACCUAACAACAGCAUCAAACUGCUUGCCGAUGAGCAAGGAAAUCGUCUAAAUGUUGCUCUUCUGAAGUUCUCACAGCCUCGCGAUGCACUCAGGGCUGUUCGAUGUUCUGGGAAGUAUCUGUACGACAGCCCAGUCGAUAUUAUGUUUAUAAGUGAUUCUAAGUAUGACACAGCAACAGAUGUGAACACGAUGCAGAGCAAACUCAAUCCCGGUGGCAAGCCAGGUUCGAGUGGAUUUGAUGAAAAGUCACAAGAUGGCUCUUAUAUUUGUGUGUCUGGCAUCCCAGAUGGAUGUGCAGAAAAUGAUGUUGCUCAAUUAUUUAACAGAUUCAAGAUAGUGGACAUUAUCCUGGAAAGGAACAGGGACUCUUUAGGCACUUGUUAUGUUCGACUCCAGUCACCAGAUGAAGCGCAGAGAGCUGUAGACUCACUUGCAGGGAAUGCAGUCCUGGAUGGCAGCCAACUCAAGAUUGAACUUUGUUCCCCAGACAACCUUUCAGCUACCAAGGAUUCGAGCAUCAAAUCUCAGCAAGAUCAGAAGUUGACUGGCAAUACAAUGGACUCCGGGGAUAAAGACAUGGAGAGUCGCAACGGUGAUGAUGGUCCUGGAAAACAUACCCCUCUUGGUGCUGAUCUACUUACAGACUCUGUGGUAAUGAAAGGUGUGCCCAAAGACACAACAGAAGCAAAUAUUCGAGAUUUCUUCAGUGAUGAAGGGUUAGUCCCAGAACGUGUACAUUUCUGUGAUUCCCUUGAUGAUGGCACACAUCCUGUGUAUGUCAUGUUCCCAUUGAUCCAGGAUGCUCGCCGUGCGGUUGGUAAGAGUCAACAGCAACUUGGCAAAGUUAAAGUUCAAGUUGAGCUGAUAGCCAAACCAGUUGUUAUGUCAGCUAUGGGUUUGAAGUUCGACCCGCUGGAACUCAUCAAGAAAGGUCAGGAGAGUCUGACAAAGACUGACAAUCAUGGAGACAAAGCAUCCGACCAAAGUUUAGAUCCAUCCCCAGACUCCAUGAAAAUGAACAGUGAGCACGACAACAGCGACUCCCAAAAGGUGGACACAGAUAGCCUGUCCAUGCCAAGAGGGCAGAACUCCAAACAGCCCCUCAUCCGGGAGCCGCUCCUCCAGCAUGGCCAGCCUCUACAGUCCGACAAGGAUUCACGCAAGGAUGAUAUGCAUCCGAAGUUCGACCCAUACUCCGGCAUGGGAGGGAUGCCGCGGGCGCCCUUCAGAGGGGGCUUGAUGGGUCACUUUCCCGGUGCACCUCGUAGCUUCAGGCCGCGCGGCGACAUGCGUGGUGGGAUGCACAGGAUGCCAGGUGGCAUGCGUGACCCAGGAGGAUUCGGAAGGAUGCGGGGCCCUUACCCUAUGAUGCGCGAGUCGGGAGACCAUGCCGGAGGCAAAGAGACCAUGGGCACUGCCAUCCCGCCGGAAAAAUUUGGCAAACCAGGGUGUGUGGUCGCGCUUGGAAAUGUCUCCUACCGCGCCACGACAGAUGAUAUUCUGGAAUUUUUCCAUGAUUUCCCUGACAUUCGACCGGUGAACGUGAUCAGGAGAUACAAUGAAUUCAAUCAGCCGACUGCUGACGCCCGAGUAUCCUUGUCUUCGCCCCAGGAUGCGCAGAGGGCAAUCAAAACUCUCCACAGACAGUAUAUGUGCAACAGACAGAUCUUCCUCUCCCUGGUUCAGGAAUGAGGACGUCCGUGCCGUUCUUUCAGCCCAGCAGACGACGCGCUCGAAGCCGCUGCAUGGUCUGCUGUACAUUUUUCUUUUUUCAUAGAUCACAAAUCUUUGUUAUGUCAGAUUAGUUACUGCUUAUUAUAGUUCUUCAUAAAGUACACCGUAAAUCAUGUACCUGGGGUUCUCUCUUCUAAGUAAGGAGAAGAUUGAAAGUUGUCUUUUCGUCUGAAUGGAAGAAAUGUGUAAAUAUAUUUUGUAGUUCCUUUUCCUGUUAUUUUCAGGAAGUUUGUGAAUGAACGGAUGCGUCUAAUUUUACUCAAAGUUUGUGUGUAUAUAAUGAAAUAAAAUACUUUCUUACAAUGA